GUGAGCGAGUAUGGAUCCUUGGACUGAAAUGUAAGAUACUCUUACGCAAAACUGACGGCAUUUUAUUUAGAAACCAGCCUUUUUAAAUGACAUGGUGUGGUUUGGGUAUGCUGGACAAGGUGGCCACGAACCUUGACCUGGAUUCACUGAGCUUUCGAGCAGCGGCGGACCAAAAAAGACCAGUGACCAAAAAAAAAAAUAGGCUGCAUGGGUUUAUCCAAAGCAGAAUCAGUUUAAGAAUGCGAUUUCGGCUGAACAUGAUGAGGAGCUGUAGACUUAUAUAUUUCUCCACUUGUUAUCUGAUUUUACAGGGUUGCCACAUGGCUAUUACUAUGAAAGGCUGUAACGGGACCCUUCACAGGAGUACAGAGCAUGUUUGUGUCGACCCAGCCCAGCCCAGCCCAGCCCAGCCCCAACUUGACAGGGUCGCCGCAUUUACUUUUGUGGUGCCGGACAUGUUUGUAUGGUGCCUGAAUCUAAAGAAAUAUGAGCAUGCUAUAAAAGAAUCCCAGGCACAGGGGGAAGCGAAUCUUUAUAUGUAUAUGUGUAUGUGUGGUCUAUGUGUCCAAAAAUAGACCUCUCCCCGCGCGGGCGCAAUAAACAAUGACAAAAAGAUGAGGCCAGCUCAUUCUUUGCCACAGGCUGUGGCACUUCCUCUGCUUCGGACUCUCUGUCUCCUGCCUCUGGUGGUCUGCAAUGGGUUCUCCCGAUUAAGAGCGUCCAUCUGCCGGUUAGUUUCUUCAGCUUUCAUUGUUCAUCUGGCCCGCUGUCGACACUUCAUAAACCUCCAUCCAUGUGGCAGGAUGUGUAGACUAUGUAGCUUGGAUGGCGUACCCGAUAGACCAC